CACCAUUCUCAAUAUUACUAUCCAAUAAUAAUGAACCAUUUUUAAGUUUUACCGCGAAUACGAUCGUUACUGUAUAAAAAAUUAGCGUCUGUUGUCACCGUUGGUAUUUCUUUGAACUUGAUUUUCUUUAAAAUGGCUGGAGGUAAAGCUGGUAAAGAUUCUGGAAAGUCAAAAGCCAAGGCAGUCUCCCGUUCUGCUAGAGCUGGAUUGCAGUUUCCAGUUGGAAGAAUCCAUCGUCACUUAAAACACCGUACUACCAGUCAUGGCAGAGUGGGAGCAACAGCAGCAGUGUAUAGUGCUGCGAUUUUGGAAUACUUAACUGCCGAGGUCUUGGAAUUAGCAGGAAAUGCCAGUAAAGAUUUGAAAGUGAAAAGAAUAACCCCUCGCCAUCUACAGUUGGCUAUUCGUGGGGAUGAAGAACUCGACUCUCUCAUAAAGGCUACCAUAGCUGGUGGUGGUGUCAUUCCUCACAUUCAUAAAUCGCUCAUUGGAAAGAAAGGCACAGCUCCCAAAACUCCUUGAAAUGGAACUGAAAUAAAAAUUCAGUCUCUUUAACUUGACUAUGCAAUUCUUUUGCAGGAUUUUAACUUUUUAUCAUAUUUGUAAGUGACAUUGCAAGUAGUAAACAAACUUGGAAUUAAUACUUUUAAUAAACUUUGUUUG